CCCCGGGACGGAAGUCUUGCUGUCCUCGCCAUUGUUUUCCUCCCACAGUCCUGGAGCUCGGUCCCAGAGGGUCCAAAUCAUCAGAGCUUCGAGGUCACCAUCUGGCUUGGGACCCAGGAAGCCCAGCCUAGCUGGCCACGAGCUCUCUCCUCUGACCGAUUGCAGGAUGUUCUGCCAGGAAGGAGUCUCUGAGGCCCUCCAGAAACUGAGCUGGCUCCUGUUGUCCUUCUUUUUGACCCUGCUGGUCCUUGUGAUUGGCGUCCGUCUGAUUCGGAAAUGGGAGGCUGAAGCCCAGGCCCGGGCCAAGAUCAGAGAGGCCCAGAAGAGGCGGGAGGAGUCCUUGAAGAAGAUGGAGAAGGCAAUAGAACGGCUAAAGCGACAGGCACCUAAAGUGGACUCAGACUCUGUCCUCUCCUUGUCCCUCAAAGAGUUGGCCCACCACUUACGCCAGGGCUCCCUGAGCCCCGAGAGUGUCCUCUGUGUUUACAUGGAAAAGGCUCUGGCCGUGCAUUACGAGCUGAAUUGCCUGACAGACUAUUUGGAAGAUUGUGAAGCUCAAUUGGAGGAGCUGAAAAAACAGCCCAAAGACAAAUGGGGAGCACUCUAUGGGGUCCCCGUGAGCAUCAAAGACCCCUAUGACUACAAGGGCCAUGAUUCCACCUGCGGCAUGGCCUAUUACCUGGAGAAGCCCGCCGAGGAGGACGCCGCCAUAGUGAAGGUUCUGAAGAGCCACGGAGCCAUACCCUUUGUCAAGACCAACAUCUCCCAGACCAUGCUCAGCUUUGAUUGCAGCAACCCCAUCUUUGGUCAGACCCUGCACCCCCAAAACCGCAAGAAAACCCCAGGAGGCUCCAGUGGGGGAGAGGGGGCCCUGUUGGCUUCUGGAGGCUCCAUCAUUGGCUUUGGCACGGACACAGGCGGAAGCAUCCGGAUUCCCUCCGCCUUCUGCGGCGUCUAUGGCAUUAAGCUCACUAGCUUCCGUGUCAGUUACAAUGGUGUCAACUCAUCUAUAAAGGGGAAGAAGUCAGUGGUCACCAUGGCUGGCCCCAUGGGUCGAGAUGUUGACAGCCUGGUCUUGCUCCUGCGAUUGCUGCUGUCUGAACAUAUGUUCCAGCUGGACCCCACAGUGCCCCCCAUGCCCUUCAAGGAGGAGGUGUACUCCAGCACCCAGCCCCUCCGAAUUGGCUACGUGGAGACAGACGGCUAUUCUCAGCCAUCCCCUAGCAUGCUCCGGGCCAUCCAAGAGGUCUCAAAGAAGCUCCAAGCAGCUGGACACCAGAUCAUUCCCUUCUCUAUCCCUCGAGUUGACUAUAUGAUGUCAAAGUUACUUGUGUCAGGGAUCUUCGCCGAUGGUGGUGAAACACUUCUGGAAAAACUAUAUGGGGACAUCAUCGACCCCUCCAUGUCAUCUAUUGUCUCCCUUCUCCGGCUCCCGGAUUUCGUGAAGUGUUUUCUCUCCAAGACCUUAAGGCCUAUGGACCCCCGGGCGGCAGAGAAUUUGAAUGCUUUACAAGGGGUGAAGACACCCAAGAAUCUCUGGAAGCAACAUGUGAAUGUGGAGGACUAUCAGAAGGAGGUUAUGGCCAACUGGAGAGCUCACAAUCUGGAUGUGCUGCUGUACCCGGCUCUCUGCCCUGCUUUUGACAUAGGUUCACCCAGCAAAGCAGGAGGUCCUACUUCCUACACGUCUCUGUUCAAUGUCUUGAACUUCCCAGUGGGUGUUGUACCGGUGGGCAAAGUGACACAAGAGGAUGAAGAAGAGUUGGCUUCGUACCGUGGUUAUUAUGGAGACACUAUAGACAAAAACUUCAAGAAGGCGAUUAAAGGGUCAGUAUCCCUUCCCAUUGCUGUGCAAUGCGUGGCUCUGCCUUGGCGAGAAGAGAUAUGUUUGCGCUUUAUGAAAGAAGUGGAAACCGUGGUCGAUGAGAAGGAAAAAAGCGAGUGAAUCUGCCCCUUCUUGGACACCCUCUGCCAAGGCCCAUGGGAGCUCAGUGGGGUAAGGGGAUUGACCAAUAAAAGCUUCCUGACCA